AUGUGCUUCCUGUCAUCAUUUAACAGUGAGAUAUCAGCCUUGGAUCUGCUGCUUCUGCCAGUGGCCGUCCGAGCCAACGAACCUAGAAUGGUUCACAACCAAGUUCUGAUGCUGGUCGGACUUUUCAAACUAAAUAUAUUUGCGAUGAUCACAUGGUUUCACACCGUUUCACAAGGUGUUGGUUUGUUUACAGGGCAACUGGGGGAAGUCAAGAUGUCAGAGAAGAAGUCGCGAGGCUCAGAUGUUCGUCCCAAAAGUGGCUUCCGCAGUUGGAGUGCCGACAGUUAUGUCUGGAGAGGCAAGAAACGCUCCCGGAGCUCCCGCAACGAUUCCAGUCCAGGCGCGGAGGAGAUGGAUGACCUGGGCGCACGGUCCACGUCCUGUUCCAGGCGGCGCAGAGAGAGAAAGUGCAGCUGCAGUGCUCUUGGGGACACGGCGGCUUCAGCUGAUAUUGAUAUUGUGUGUCGCAAGGCCCUGUCUCGACGCUCUCUGAGACAAAAGUUCCAGGACGCAGUGGGGCAGUGUUUGCCUCUGCGCUCACAUCAUCACCACGGCCACCAUCACUCUGCCGGUUCUUCACGUCCCUUCUCUGUCCUCUUCUGGUCCAAACGGAAGAUCCAUGUGUCUGAACUCAUGCAGGAUAAGUGUCCCUUCACACCCAAGUCUGAACUUGCCCGCUGCUGGCACCUUAUUAAAAGUAGUGGCACUGACACUCUCAAGGACACGGAGCCCCUCAGACCUCAUGUUUCAUCCUCCUCUACCUCCCCACCUGAGACACCUCUCUCAUGGGACGACAUCUGCUGCUCACCUGGACCUGGCAGCGCCGGUCUAGACUGGGAACCAUCUUGUGCUCAUGUGGAAGAGGUUGGGAACUGCAGCGCCUCUGACACUAUUUUGGUCCCUGACCUGCUUCAGAUCAACAACAGUCCUUGCUACUGGGGAGUGUUGAACAGAUUCGAAGCAGAGGAGCUGUUGGACGGACAACCCGAAGGAACCUUUCUCCUACGGGACUCGGCCCAAGAAGAGUUCCUGUUCUCAGUGAGCUUUCGGCGCUACAGCCGGUCUCUGCACGCACGUAUUGAGCAGAACGGCAAGCGCUUCAGCUUCGACGUGCGUGACCCCUGCAUGUAUCAGGACCCAAGUGUGACUGGACUGCUGAGGCACUACAGCGACCCGGCCACCUGUCUCUUCUUUGAGCCUCUACUUUCUCAGCCCCUCCCCAGGACUUUCCCUUUUUCGCUGCAGCACCUUUGCAGGGCGGUGAUUUGUAGCUGUACCACAUAUCAGGGCAUCGAGAACCUUCCACUCCCACCCCAGCUGAGCGACUACCUGCGCCUGUAUCACAUCAAGUGUGAAGGAGCCUGUGCUGUAUGA